UGUGCGCCAGUGGGCGACCGUUUACAACGCGAUAAGCGUCGCGGCGCCCUCAACGACAGGCAAGUUGAGGACGUUGUCCUAGUACGUCCGCUUUCGCAUUCGGUUGUGUUUCCUCGCGCGGGUUCGUUCGCGUCAAUUCGUAGGGAACAAGGUCCUCGGUUCCGGUGAAUCAUCGCUUGUCGGUGUUGUUAUAUUUUUUGUUUACGACGAGGCGACCGUCAAUGCGAUCGCAAUGAAGCAAUGAGCUAAAAGAUCACGAGUAACGACAAUUGUCAAAAAGAUGCCGGUACACCGAUUGAACACGGGAAAUGCGGGCCAGCUGGAGAGUGUUGCUGCGUAAUCAACGAACUACCGUCCCCAUGCUUGGCAGUGCCUUUCCUGGGACCACUUUAGAAGCUUUGGAGGAUGGGUUCCCGAAGGAGCGGUUCCAGCGGGAGCCGGGCGAACGCUGGCGUUCUGAAGGAACGAGCCAGCAUGUCGUUCAUGCUGGUGGUCAUGUUCUUCGCCGUGUUCGGUUUGAUCGUCUUUACGGAGAUAUUCCUGAUCGACGAUAGGCAUGGCGUGGGCGUAGGUGGCACCGGGGCCCUAGGAGGUCACAGGAGUGGACAUCGAUUGCCGGCUGCGCCCGAUCGUCCGGAUUACGGGGAAAUCGGAGCUGAAGAUUAUAUUGGAUUGAAGGGCAGCUUCGACGAUCAUAUCGGAUUAUUGAUGCGUGGGGAAGACGGAGGACAGAAGACCGCGAUACAACCGGACCCGAGAGGUUUACCGAGCUUACCACCCAACUUGGAAGCUCGUCUACCACAACUCGAUCAGAGUUUGAGGAUCACGCACGCCGAAUGGUUGCCAGUCACGAAGACUAAAUUCAAAUUCUUUGUAUACUCAGCGUACUUCGAUAACAGGGUUGGUGGCACGGGCGCACCAACAGGUAAAAAUCAAGGAAUGGUUCGCAUAAUAAGCGCAACAAAGACAAGAGGACCAGAGCGCGUUUGGUGUAGACUUUGGUAUCGACCAAAGAACGGAGGCAACGUAACAACUUCCGUAACGGUAGCUGCUAAAGUGAAGGUGAUCAGAGAAAAUUGGAACUUGAAGUACAGUGCCUGCUUUGUGAUUUGCCCGCUACCGAAAGAUUCGCCUACGUCUGAUAGAGUACCGGAAACUGUGAGCGUUGUAGCCAGGCUCAAAGCAGCACCGACGAAUCGUAUCCUCGUACAGAAUCAGCCCGAGACUAGGACGAAGGACAAGGAACUGUUGGCCGUUUGCGUGAAACCACUACAUUACGAUUACGACAGAGUGUUACAGCUAAUAGAGUUCAUUGAGUUAUACAGACUGCUUGGCGCUAGCCAUGUGACUCUAUACAACGACACGGUUGGCACGGAGGCUGGAUGUGCUCUUAAGUACUACGAAACUAAAGGUCUUGUGACCGUGUUACCUUGGCAUCAUUUGGACAUGAUUUCGCAGCGAGAAAUUCGCACGGAGGGACUGUUCGCUGCCCUGAACGAUUGCCUUUAUCGAUCUAUGUACAAAUACGAAUACGUAGCGUUGGUGGACCUCGACGAGUUCAUUAUACCGAGGCACAACGACACGAUCAUUGAUCUCAUUAGAUGGAUGAGCAGUCGCACAAAUACAAAAUCCACCGGAGCAUAUUCUUUUCAAAACGCAUUCUUCUAUCUGCAGUGGGUGGACGAUCCUUUCGUGAUGGCCAGUCGAACACCCAUAGAGGCAGGUUUGAUUACUCUGAAGAAAACCAGACGUAGAACAAAACUGCAUCCGCACAAGCAACGCUCGAAGUAUAUUUGCAAGCCGCAAGAUAUUGUGGAAGCUGGUAAUCAUUUUGUCUGGGAAUUUAUUCCGGGGCAUGGAACUCUGAACGUUCCAUCGGACGCCGCAAUUUUGCAUCAUUAUCGGGUCUGCGAAUUCGGCGGUGAUGAUUGUAUAAAGACUCAAUCGGUAGUCGAUAGAACGGCCUACAAGUACAAGGAUAGACUGGCCGAAAACGUUGGCAAAAUCUGGACAGACUUAAGCACCGAUUGUUCGUUACCAAAGUUAGAACCAGUGCCGGCGAUGACGCCGCGGAUAAAAGCAAGCCCCGUGUUAAAAUCGGUCAGGUAGCAAAAGACUAUUAUCGAUACUCUUUGGGAUAUUAGUAAUUUUACUGGUACCCCAAAGGUAGCAAGAACCUAUUUCUACAACUACGGUGGCCCGUAGUUUUCCUCCAGCGAAAUCCAGUUUCGACUGAGAGAAGAGAAUUGCAGAGAAAUUCGGGAUUUAUGGGGUAGCAUAACACGUUUUUUCUACCUUUUGCGGUCCACGCCUGAUAAAUCUCGUUUUGGAAACACGGAGAACGGUGCCUGUUUAACGAUGAGCCAAAUGAUGAAAUGAAGUGUGGUAGCCGGUAGCAUUGUGAAAGGCACGAUGCUCAUUCGAAAGCUGACGAAUAAUAUUUUUCUACGUGAGGAAGACUCAUGAUCGAUCGGGAAAAUACAUGACGAAUGACUUUCCCGAACGAUCCUGUAUCUCUUACGCUAUGGUGCUUCUUUCGCGAUUUUAUACGGUAUUAUAUUUAUGUACGAGUUUCCUUUUCGUUCGAACGAAACCGAGCUGCAUGAAACCGACUACCUACAUAGUAAUAGGAAUGUAGAAGUUACCAAGGAGGGCCUAUGUUUACGGUCUACAUUAUCGGCUAUAAUGUAAGAUAUCUGAUAUUACAUUGUUGUCUUGUUGAUACGUUUCUCUUUCCUUUUUUUGACACCUAUAAAUCCGCACAACGUAUAAAGAAAAACGUACGCAUAUCCAUAGGAUCAAUACUUAUAGUCGUAGUUUAUGUAUGUAUAAUAUGUAUUUAGAACAUCUAGUAUUUAAUCUGAUAGUAAACGCGUAGAAUGCAAAAUGUUUUUAAAAUGCCGUUUAAACAUAGUCGAUUUAUAUUCGAUUGGUUAUUGACACUACGAAGAACGUUUCAAUUCUAGGAAAAAUUCGUUCAUCUUUUAUCAUGGAUUAAUAUUAGUUGCGUUUUAUUUGUUACGUUUUACAAUUUUAUUUGUUGUCGAACUGCCUCGCGAAUAGUUUUUAUCAGCCCUUUAAAGUGAUUUCAGAGAACGUUGUUACAUAAUAGGAGCUACAUUUCAAGAAAAAUGUGAUUAUUAAUUGUGCUCAGAAUGGAUGCAACAAAGGAAGAAGUAUUACGGUCAGCUAAAGAUAAGAGACUACAGAUUUGAGCGUUAUGACAAUGAAUAUUGCAAACUGUUUCUAUUUCUUUCAUAAUGUCACAUUUUUUAUGCGCACAUACAUUUAUGUAUAUAUGUGUAUACACUGAAGUGUACAUACAUUUACGUACACAACAUGUAGGAUAGGUGAAUACGUACAUGUGAUCGGUGCUAAGCCACAAUCAACAUGCCGUUUGAUCAUGUUGAGAAAGUUAAUAAAUAUUAUACGAUGACAA